CAGUGGCCAAUUGCGCUUUACCGGGGCGUGGAGAGCGAGCCAGUGCCGCUCUAUAUAUAUAUCCAUCACUUAAUACUCAGGAUAUUAACACUUGACGCUCGGUGACAGUAGCCGCGGUCACAGGCUCUCUCAGCCGCUUCAGACCCUCGCCACCUCAGCAGCAGCACAAGCAGCAGUAGCGGUAGAGGACAGAAGACUGAAAGAUAGGCAGUCUCUUUCUCUCAGCUAGGCCAUAGUCAUUGUUGUAAUCGUGAUCGAUGAGUCUGUCCGGGAAGCAGCGGUUCUCCGCCAACUCUUUCUCCGGGUUCGGGAGCCGGAAGAUGGCAUUGUCCUCCGCCGGGGGUUCGUCAAUGCGCUCCAGCUUCGGGAGCAGAAUGGGCUUUGGAGACGGUGGAGGAGGAGGGUUCAGGAUGUCAUCCUCCAGCCACAUGGCAGGUCUGGGGAGUGGGAUGAGCACCGGUGGCAGUGGCAGCGGGAUGUUCGGUGGUGGUGGAGGCGGUGGAGGAGGAGGUUUCGGGUACGGUGGAGGUGUUGAGGACACGUCCCUCGGGUUCGCCGGUAACGAGAAGCAGCACAUGCACAACCUGAACGACCGCCUGGCAACCUACAUGGAGAAGGUUCGCCAGCUGGAGGCCACCAACCACCAGCUGGAGGAGAAGCUGAAGACCUUCACCUUCAACAAGGUGGAGGCGCACGACCUGACCAUCUACGACGCAACACUCAAACCACUCAUGGAGCAGCUCAUGGGUUUCCUGAUACAGAACACUCAGAUUGCUGUGGAGAUCGACAACGCCAAGCUGACUGCUGACGACUUCAGAGUCAAGUGGGAGAAUGAGCUGUCUUUGCGCCAGUGUGUGGAGGGGGACAUCGGAGGUCUGAGGAACCUGCAGCGGGAGUUUGAGAUGAACAUCACAGCCACGAUGCAGGACCUGCAGGGGUACGAGAACGAACGGGUCUCCAUGGCGAAGAGCCAUGAAGAGGAGCUGUUGUCCAUGCGUGGGGGGAUGACGGGCCAGGUGAACGUGGAUGUCCAGGCUACUAAGAGCCAGGACCUGUCUCUGAUGCUGGCUGAAGUCAGGUCGGAGUACGAGGCGGCCGUGGAGAAAAACCGCAGACAGGCCGAGGCCUGGUACAUGAAACAGGUGGAGAUGAAGCAGGCAGAGUCGGCGGUGGUGAUGGAGACGACCACGACGACCACGUCGGAGAUGACAGAGUUACGGAACCGCUACCAGACCCUACAGAUGGAAUACCAGGGACUACGUAUGGGGAUGGCGAACCUAGAGGCCAGGCUGUUGGAGGUUCAGUCCCAGUUCCAGCAACGUCUGUCUGGGUAUAGUGGCAAGGUGAUGGGCCUGGAGGGAGAACUGACCUCCAUAAGGGCCAGCACCACUGAGCAGAGCCAGGACUACCAGAUCCUUCUGAACAUCAAGAGUCGUCUAGAGAUGGAGAUCCAGCAGUAUAAGCAUCUGCUGGAGGGAGCCGGCCUGGGAGGGGGCAUGGUCCCUGGAGGGGCUGACCUGGGAGGGGGCAUGGUGGUCUCUGGAGGGGCCGGGAGGUCGGCAGGUAAGGCUGUUGUGACCAGGACCACUGUGUUGGAGGUGAAAUCCUCGGGAGGAGGAGUGGGGACGGGAGGAAGCUCCAUGUUGAUGCAUUCCACUAGCUCCACCUCCAGCAGUUCUGGGGGCGGGGCAGCCAUGCUGUCAUCAGGAGGUGCCGCGAUGGUGUCCGUCAGGGGACCAGCCAUGCUGUCAUCAGGAAGCCCCGCAAUGGUGUCUGGCAGCGGAUCAGCCACGGCGCCAUCAGGAGGAGGCACGGCGCCAUCAGCAGGAGGCACGGCCCCAUCAGGAGGAGGCACGGCGCCAUCAGGAGGAGGCACGGCGCCAUCAGGAGGAGGCACGGCGCCAUCAGGAGGAGGCACGGCGCCAUCAAGAGGAGGCACGGCGCCAUCAGCAGGCGGCACGGUGCCAGCAGCAGGCGGCACGGCGCCAUCAGCAGGAGGCACGACGCCAUCGGGAGGCACGGCGCCAUCAGCAGGAGGCACGGCCCCAUCAGGAGGCGGCACGACGCCAUCAGCAAGCGGCACGGCCCCAUCAGCAGGAGGCACGGCGCCAUCAGCAGGAGGCACGGCGCCAUCAGCAAGCGGCACGGCGCCAUCAGCAGGAGGCACGGCGCCAUCAGCAGGAGGCACGGCGCCAUCAGCAGGAGGCACGGCGCCAUCAGCAGGAGGCACGGCGCCAUCAGCAAGCAGCACGGCCCCACCCGCAGGAGGCACGGCCCCAUCAGCAGGAGGCACGGCGCCAUCAGUAGGAGGCACGGCCCCAUCAGCAGGAGGCACGGCCCCAUCAGCAGGAGGCACGGCGCCAUCAGCAGGAGGCACGGCGCCAUCAGCAGGCGGCACGGCGCCAUCAGCAGGAGGCACGGUGCCAUCAGGAGGCGGCACGGCGCCAGCAGCAGGCGGCACGGCGCCAUCAGCAGGAGGCACGGCGCCAUCAGGAGGCGGCACGGCGCCAGCAGCAGGCGGCACGGCGCCAUCAGGAGGCGGCACGGCGCCAUCAGGAGGCGGCACGGCGCCAUCGGGAGGCGGCACGGCGCCAUCGGGAGGCACGGCGCCAUCAGCAGGAGGCACGGCGCCAUCAGCAGGAGGCACGGCGCCAUCAGCAAGCGGCACGGCCCCAUCAGCAGGAGGCACGGCGCCAUCAGCAAGCGGCACGGCCCCAUCAGCAGGAGGCACGGCCCCAUCAGGAGGAGGCACGGCCCCAUCAGCAGGAGGCACGGCCCCAUCAGGAGGAGGCACGGCGCCAUCAGGAGGAGGCACGGCGCCAUCAGCAGGAGGCACGGCGCCAUCAGGAGGAGGCACGGCGCCAUCAGCAGGAGGCACGGCUCCAUCAGCAGGAGGCACGGCGCCAUCAGCAGGAGGCACGGUGCCAUCAGCAGGCGGCACGGCGCCAGCAGCAGGCGGCACGGCGCCAGCAGCAGACGGCACAGCGCCAUCAGCAGGAGGCACGGCGCCAUCAGGAGGCGGCACGGCGCCAUUGGGAGGCACGGCCCCAUCAGCGGGAGGCACGGCCCCAUCAGCAGGAGGCACGGCCCCAUCAGCAGGAGGCACGGCCCCAUCAGCAGGAGGCACGGCCCCAUCAGCAGGAGGCACGGCGCCAUCAGCAGGAGGCACGGCGCCAUCAGCAGGUGGGGGACCAGCUCUGAUGUCAUCAGGAGGCGUCACAAUGGUGUCCGGUGGGGGACCAGCUCUGAUGUCAUCAGGAGGCGUCGCGAUAGUGUCCGGUGGGGGACCAGCUCUGAUGUCAUCAGGAGGCGUCGCAAUGGUGUCCGGUGGGGGACCAGCUCUGAUGUCAUCUGGAGGAGCCGCGAUGGUUUCCAGCGUGGGCCCAGCCACGGUGUCAUCAGGAGGUGCUGCGAUGGUGUCAUCGGGCGGGGGCAUGACCGUGUCCGGUAGCAACUCGUCUUCCACCAGCGUGUUGACCAGCUCCACCAUGGAAGGUGAACAUAGAGAUAUAAUAACUAGACCAGCUCCACCAUGGAAGGUGAACAUAGAGAUAUAAUAACUAGACCAGCUCCACCAUGGAAGGUUAACAUAGAGAUAUAAUAACUAGACCAGCUCCACCAUGGAAGGUUAACAUAGAGAUAUAAUAACUAGACCAACUCCACCAUGGAAGGUGAACAUAGAGAUAUAAUAACUAGACCAGCUCCACCAUGGAAGGUUAACAUAGAGAUAUAAUAACUAGACCAGCGCCACCAUGGAAGGUGAACAUAGAGAUAUAAUAACUAGACCAGCUUCACCAUGGAGGGUUAACAUAGAGAUAUAAUAACUAGACCAGCUCCACCAUGGAAGGUGAACAUAGAGAUAUAAUAACUAGACCAGCUCCACCAUGGAAGGUUAACAUAGAGAUAUAAUAACUAGACCAGCGCCACCAUGGAAGGUGAACAUAGAGAUAUAAUAACUAGACCAGCUCCACCAUGGAAGGUUAACAUAGAGAUAUAAUAACUAGACCAGCGCCACCAUGGAAGGUGAACAUAGAGAUAUAAUAACUAGACCAGCUUCACCAUGGAGGGUUAACAUAGAGAUAUAAU